UUCCUCAACCCCGAAGAGCUCAUCGUUCUUGUUUUCCUCUGCAAGCCAAGUUCCAAAAUGGAACAAAAUUACAACUUUAAUCCGUCCUUUAUUAAGCUGUUGAUGGAAGAUGAUUUCACGAGAGAAAUUCGGAUUCCCUGCUCUUUUGUGAGGAAUUUCAAGGAAAAGCUUCCCUCAAGAUGCACAAUCGAAUCCGAGGCAAAGAACUCAGUUCGAAAUUCAUGGCCAGUAAGAAUUCGAAAGAAAGGUCGCUACUAUUAUAUUUGCAGACAUUCGUGGCCAAAAUUUGUUAAAGAUCAUCAUUUGAAGCUUGGAGAUUACCUGUUAUUUCAUCUGAUAGGCAAAACAACAUUUAGAGUAAAGCCAUAUGGUGCCGAUUGUUGCCCAAAAAAAUUUAAUGUAUACAACUCAUCCUGUAGCUCCAGUGAUGAUGAAUCUGAUGAUGGCUCUGAUGAAAGCUUUGAUGAUAGUGAUGAAACUGAAUUUUACAGAGAUGAUGGAAUAAGGCCAUCAAAAGUUCAUCCUGCUAAAAAAAAGGUUUACACUAAGUAUCAGAUUGAUCGUGAUAAUUUUCGUUCUAAUAAAUUCAAGAAGUUGAGGAAAACAAGAAAGUCAGGUGUUGGGAAGCAAGUUCUUGAAAUUGAAAGUGAAGAAGGAGAAGAUGUAGAAACAAACGAGAGGGAUGGUUAUUUUCAUUUAAAUGCGGAGAAUCCCUAUUUUAUUUUGAGACUGAAGCGGCAUCAUAUGCGCAGAUUGAAUAUUCCAAGAGCAUUUUCGAGGGCAACAAAACUAGAGAAGGAGAAAGAGGCGGUCCUUCACGGUGAAGACCAGAGGGAGUGGCCGGUAAAGAUCGCUGAGAGGAGUGAAAUUGGAAAAGGAUGGACUGAAUUUCGCAAAGCAUACAAAUUGGAGAUAGGAGAAAUUUGCCAGUUCACCUUACUUAAGCGUUUUGGAGAUUUAUUCCACAUUCAAAUCAAGAGGACUUCAAACAAGAUCUGCAAGGAAGAAUGGGCAUGAGCUGUUGAAAGGUGCUCCUUAAUACAAAGGAUGUUUCUAUGUGCUAAUCUACUGUACUAUGAGAUUUUGGAUUGGACUUUGCAUCAUUGCACGGUAUUUUGCUUUAAUUGGACUUUUGUAACAGCAGAAAAAAAAAAGAAGAGAAUAACAAAGAAAAUGAAAAGAGAAGUAACUUUUUACUUAUCUCCCAAAGGAAGAUGAUUUGGGAUAGACUCCUUUGAAUUGAAGUACUACUACUGUUGGCUGAAUUGAAACGAAAAUAUCUUCCUGUUUGAAGCGUU